CUUUGACUAGCUGGACCGGAUGUGGAGGGUACAGUUACGACCGAGUUUAUUCGUCCUUGUAGUUUUACCACUUUACACAGUCACACAGACAGAGGAGGACCGCUAUACACGCAUAUUUUCCGAACCCUGCACAAACCGAUUCCACCUUACAUUUAGAAACCAGAAACCAUUUCUUAUCGAUCUGAAGCCGGGAAAAGAUGGGUUUCAUAGCUCAAAGCUUUGUAGGAUGGCCUUUACAGCCGAUCCAGUCAAGGACGAAGAUGGCGACAAUGUCCUCGUCUGCUUUAAGUUUCUCCAGUUCACAUUUAACAACUGUACUAUCGACCUUGGGGUGGAAGACAUUGAGCAGGAAAUACAUUUUAUCAAACCACUACCCCCUGUUACUAAUAAACAAAACUGUUUCUGGAGAACUACCGUCUACGUUACUAUACGAAGCACAGAUUACUUCAACUGUGAUUCCUCUACUAGUAUCCGGAUCGAAGUCAGAGCCAGGAACGCGAAUCCCGAUGAUGACCGUAUCAUGUCGACAGGAAAUUGGAUCACUAUCGCCCUGCUAAUUGUAGUUUUCUCGAUUGGUGCACUUUCUCUCGGUUACUACAAGUAUGUAUACAAAGUGAGAAGUAAUAGGUCCCUACAACUCCGGACACGUGUUCCAGGCGAGGACUCCCACGAAUCCAGACACAUCAGAUACAGUCCAGGUCGACGGUCACGACCUUCACUUUCCGUCCCACAGAGAUCACGCGACGACCAAAGGGUAGCAACAAACGGGAGUUACAGACGAGCGAAUGCAAACCGAAAUCAGAGAGCAACUCCUUACAUCCAGCCGGGUAUCGGGCGAGGACAGGAUGAGUCACGUGACCAUUUUAGGGCGCCACCUCCUUCUUACGAGGAAUGCAUGGCCAUGUCUGACACAGAACUUUACAUACUCGGACACUCGGCUGUAAGCGAUGCUAACGUCGAGGACAUCAUAUUGCAAGAGGAAGUUCCUACAAACGGUUCACCGCCUCCCUAUCCUGGAUUUUAACAUGGGUAACAUCCAGCUAUCGUUGUAAAACACCGUUAACAAUAGUGAAAAACAAUAUGGUUAUCGUUUCAUGGUACGAAUUGAGAAGUAGUGCCUAUGUUUAAUUACCGAUGAAAAUUAUCCCGGUUUAAAGUGACACAAUGGUCGUUGUUUACUCAUAGCAGAAUCGCAUUCUACACGAAACCUGCCGAACAUCCUCGAUAAGUUCCGGUUAGGUACGGUACGCAAUCCGGACAUUAGUGUGGCGGUUGGUCAGUACUGGGGGUGAUCUAAAACAGUGGAAUUGGUAUUUAACAGUUCUGGACAUAAUUUAUAUACAAAAAGAACUACUUUAUUGAAACAUAUUUAUCAUUGAUACUGCCGGCAUCUUACUUUCUAUCUUUAUGGGUUUUUAUACAAAUAAAUCCAUAUUAUACACACAUAUGGAAAGGCCAUUCUAUCUUUAUGGGGUUUUUUAUACAAAUAAAUCCAUAUUAUACACACAUAUGGAAAGGCCAUUCUAUCUUUAUGGGUUUUUAUACAAAUAAAUCCAUAUUAUACACACAUAUGGAAAGGCCAUUCUAUCUUUAUGGGUUUUUAUACAAAUAAAUCCAUAUUAUACACACAUAUGGAAAGGCCAUUCUAUCUUUAUGGGUUUUUAUACAAAUAAAUCCAUAUUAUAUACGCACAUAUGGAAAGGCCAGGAUGACAUGUCUACAUGUCUAUGUCCCGUGACAUGGUACCGAGCUCUCAACAAGGCGUUCCUUUCAUCUCCUUCGAUCGGUACCCAUCUUCUUGUACUAUCAUUAUGUCUAUACUGCGGGCGUUUACGUAGGUUAGCAGCUAACACGCAAUAAACUUUUAAUUAUUUACUUAACUACAUAAUGUAAAAUGUUAAGCAGGAAAAGGUGAUAUUGUAAAAAUAUAUCGUCUGAGUGGAACAAGAUAUUUAUUUGUCCUCAUAAAAGUUUUCUAGUUAAAUAAUAAAACGUUACGUAAACACUAAA